AUGGCUGCUUUAUUUGCGUGUCCGAAUAAUAGUAUUUCACUAUACUAUAUUCAAAUCAAACAAGGAAUUUAUGAAGAAUAUGUCCAAAUCGACUCGUGGAAAACCAACAUUGUUUUUCUUGGAGAAGGAAUGGACAGAACAAUAAUAACAGGAAAUAAGAGUUAUGGAGGUGGAAUAGGAACGUACGAUACUGCUACCGUGGGGGUGGAUGGAAGAGGCUUCAUUGCGCAAGACAUUGCAUUUCGGAACACGGCUGGAGCUGUGAACUAUCAAGCGGUAGCUUUAAGGGCAUCUGCCGAGUGCAUCACCUUCUAUAGGUGUCAGUUUGAUAGUUUUCAAGACACCGUAUAUACACACAAUGGCAAACAGUUCUACAGAGAAUGUGUAAUUUUGGGCACCAUCGAUUUCAUUUGUGGUGAUGCAACUGCAGUGUUUCAAAGUUGUUUGAUUGAAAUACGUAAGCCACUAAAAGGUCAAUAUGUCGUCAUCACAGCACAACAGAGAAACAAUAAUGGUCAAACAGGACUCGUAUUGCAGAAUUGCACGUUGAAAUUGGCAACUCCAGACGCAGGAGAUAAUGUAGCUAUGUACUUAGGUCGGCCAUGGGGAAAUUUUUCACGUACGGUCAUUAUGCAGAGUUACAUAGAUAUAUUCGUAGAUCACAAAGGGUGGAUAGAAUUUGGAAAUAUGCCUAUAGUUCAGCCAUACUAUUUGGAAUAUCAGAAUAAAGGAGUUGGUGCAGAUACAAAGAGACGUGUCAAGUGGGCAUCAACUACUAAUGAUCCCAGAAUUGUAUCAAAUUUCACAGUUAGAAAUUUCAUAAACGGUGAUGAAUGGAUUCCUUCCACAGUUCCACAUUACUUAGAUCUCAUGUAG